UUUUUUUUUUCCUUAGCAACUGAUAACAGGCUAGUUGCUCCAAGUAGAAGCCGUGGCUCUCUUCUAAGUAGAAGUGGCCAGGCCUCAGAUUGGAGUGAAACCCCAGUCCUAGGCUGGGGUUCUUUCCAUAUAGACGAGACGGAUUCAGAGGGGCUACAGACCAAGAUUGUUGAAAACCAGACGUAUGAUGAGCGUCUAGAGAUCAACGACUCUGAAGAGGUUGCAAGUAUUUAUACUCCAACCACGAAACACAAAGGAGUUCCUUGUUCCUCACAUCUUUCUAACAAGACUAUGGCUGAUAACAGCAGUGAUGAGUAUGAAGAUGAAAAUAACAAGGAGAAGAAGAAGACCUCACAGCUGACGCCUCAGCGGGGCUUUAGUGAGAACGAUGAUGAUGACGAUGAUGACUCAUCUGAAACGGAUUCUGAUGAUGAUGAUGAAGAGCACGGGGCCCCUUUGGAAGGGGCGUACGAUCCUGCAGACUAUGAGCAUUUGCCAGUUUCUGCUGAGGUUAAGGAGCUCUUCCAGUACAUCAGCAGGUAUACACCACAGUUGAUUGACCUGGACCACAAACUGAAGCCUUUCAUUCCUGAUUUCAUCCCAGCGGUUGGGGAUAUUGAUGCAUUCUUAAAGGUUCCACGUCCUGAUGGAAAGCCUGACAACCUUGGCCUAUUGGUAUUGGAUGAGCCUUCAACAAAGCAGUCAGACCCUACAGUGCUCUCACUGUGGUUAACAGAGAGUUCCAAACAGCACAACAUCACACAACAUAUGAAAGUAAAGAGCCUGGAAGAUGCAGAAAAGAAUCCCAAAGCCAUUGACACAUGGAUUGAGAGCAUCUCUGAGUUACACCGUUCCAAGCCCCCUGCAACUGUGCACUAUACCAGGCCCAUGCCCGAUAUUGACACACUGAUGCAGGAGUGGUCUCCAGAGUUUGAAGAACUUUUGGGAAAGGUGAGCCUGCCCACAGCAGAGAUUGAUUGCAGCCUGGCAGAGUACAUUGAUAUGAUCUGUGAUUUUUGUUUCUGCUCAUGGGAGUUCUCGAUUUCAGCCAUCCUAGACAUCCCUGUCUACAAGAGUCGAAUUCAGUCCCUCCAUCUGCUCUUUUCCCUCUACUCGGAAUUCAAGAACUCACAGCAUUUUAAAGCUCUAGCUGAAGGCAAGACAGCAUUCACCCCUCCAUCCAACUCCAACUCCCAGGCUGGAGAUGCCGAGACAUUAACCUUCAGCUGACACACCUCCUAUGUGGCUGCUUCACGGCUGCGCCAGCUCCUCUGCCCCAGCUGAGGAGGGGUCAGCGUCAGCCUCCUGGCAGCCUUGCCUGCCUCACACUGACUCGGGCAUGGCACACGUGCUACUACGGUUUCUGCCAGAGAGCACCGCUCGCAGUCAUCAAAUGGCUAAUGCCUGUUUCAGAGCUCCUUCACACGGGAAGUAUGCAUUGACACCACUCUGGGGAUUUGAGCUAGAAGCACUGGAAUUCCUGGGGCCCCAGGAUGCUCAGGAUGGGAGGAAGGCUGAAAAGAUGUUCUUUUUGAGAUAGCAAUAGGAUUAUUUUCUUUCAUGCUCAAAGUCAAUUGGCAAAGGUUUUACAAAUAAAAUGCUCUUAUCUUUCAGGUUA